AUGUUAUCGCGGCGCAUAUUUCGAUUUCGAAAUACUGGCUUACAACUUCGCCAACUACGACGUCUUGCAACAGCAGCUGAGCCCUCGGCAAAUGGGGCGAAUGGUAACCAACAGCAUGGAGACAAUCGUGUCAAAAUAGUGGAAGUGGGACCUCGGGACGGAUUACAAAAUGAGAAAACGAUUAUACCUUUAGCGACAAAGAUAAGUCUGAUUGAGAAGCUUGCAAAGACGGGCUUGCAGGAUAUUGAAGCUGGCUCUUUUGUUGCGCCAAAAUGGGUGCCACAAAUGGCAGAUGCGAGCGAAAUUCUUGAACAUGUUCUACAGAAUCAGAAUCAAUCGUCUAUUCCUCUACGAUACUCUUUCUUGGCGCCCAACAGAAAGGGUCUUGACAAAGCAUUGGAUAUUUUGUCUCAAAAUCAAAAUGCGUACAACACUGCCGACAUUCCUCUUCAUGAUGCCCCCAAGGAUCUUACUUCAUCCUCCAGUAAACCAUAUAUCGAGAUGGCAGUCUUUGCAGCAGCAACCGAGUCCUUUUCACAAAAGAACCUCAACUGUGAUAUUGCAACAUCAUUAAAACGAUUUGAAGAAGUCAUACAAGGUGCAAAAGCAGCCGGAAUGCGAGUUCGUGCCUAUAUAUCUGUAGUAUUGGGUUGUCCAUUUGAGGGUGGCAAUGUAGAUCCUCAUCGCGUGGCAGAAAUAGCGACGGAAUUAUUGGAGAUGGGGGCGGACGAGAUUGAUCUUGGAGAUACCACUGGGAUGGGUACUGGACCUAAGACUUCAAAACUUUUGCGUACAAUGCAAUCAGCGGGAAUACUUAAUGAGGACAUAGCGAUGCACUUCCAUGAUACAUAUGGACAGGCCUUAAUCAAUACUGUUGUCAGCUUGGAACAUGGUAUUAGAACCUUUGAUAGUAGUGUUGGAGGAUUAGGUGGAUGCCCAUACAGUCCUGGGGCUACUGGAAAUGUCGCUACAGAAGAUAUGGUAUAUUUGCUAGAGAGCAUGGGAAUGCAGACUGGUGUUAAUCUAGAUGAGUUGGCUGAUGUUGGACAAUGGAUUACUGGGGAGAUUGGGAAACCUAAUGCAAGCAGUGUUGGGAAGGCGGUGAUUGGAGCAAGAAGCCGCAAAUAA